AGCUUCAGCCCACCUCUCUACAUUAUCCUAUUGUGUCCAAAGUCUACCCAUUAGUAAAUAUAUCUAUCAAGAUCUCCUGCUUUUGGCUUUAUCUUCUCCUAUCUAAUUUACCCCUUCAUUAUCUACUUGUAGAAAUUAAAAAAAAAAAAUUAAGCAAAUUUGCUCUGAUUUGUUGGGUCUUUUUCAGAGAAAAUUAAGCAACUAAAGACAAGCUUUAUCUUGCCUAACUAUUUUUGAGUCUUUUUCAGAGAAACUUAUGCUUUGUUGGGUGAUUUCAAAGGCUUGUUGACGCUAGUGUUCCCGGACCGGAGGUAGUUGCGGCAGCCGUGCAAGUUCUGGUUUCUGUUAGGAUUCCCCUUCUUGGUUCUUGGGCUGGGUUUUUUUAUUCAGGCUUUUAUUUAUUUUUUUUCUGUUGUAAGCUAUGCCUAAUUUAUAUUGUUGGGCUUAACACAUUUUGUUAAUGAAUGAAAUUUUAUCUUCAAUGAAAAAAAGAAAAAAGAUAUAGAAACUCGAAUUUAGAUAGUUAUAUUUCUUUAACACUUAAUCACGUUAAGUUAGCGUAAUAAUAGCGGAAAAGAGAUAAAGGGCUAGAGAAAGGAGGAGAUUUGGGGUCAUUUAUAAGUGAGAAUCGUAAUUAAUGCUUGGAUUGAAGCGUCCAUGAAACAAGGUUUCUAAUUGUUGUCUACUGUUAUGCUAGGAAAUUAAUAAGGGCAGUUUCACAUGGGAACACGGAGAGAUAGAGAGAAUAGGAGAAGAGCAGCCUUCUUUUGUCACCUUCAAUCUUCUCAGCUUCUUGAAUAGCAUAGCAAGUCCUUUUUUUUCACUUUCUUCCACAAUAGGCAAAGAAAGGGGUGCCUCUUCUUCUUCCUCCUCUCAAUAAUAUAGUUUCAAGUGAAAAAGUAUAUAUACAUAUAUAUCUUCAAUCUGUCAUCUUUUUCUCAGAUUUCUCUGCAAAUGAGGAGUUUAGCUACUUGUUAUAGUGAACAUGCCAUUAAAGUAUCAGAUUCAUAUUGCUCAGGCCUGUCAAAUCAGCCCUAUCUUUCCCCUGAGCAGUCACCGUCGAUUCCCAAUGCAGUUACUUGUAUAUAUAAAAAACUUUUAUCCCAGAAAAGCCUCUGGAUCGCCCUCACAUGGUGCAACAAGCUGCUAAGCCAAGGCCUUUCCAUUAAUAUCAGCGACUCCGUUUCAAUUCCUUCAAAAUUCAAUGCCAAUUUUCACCACCUUCCAAAAACCAAAGGCUCCAAGACAUUCCAAUCUUGCAAUUCAAAGAUUAAAGUUUUCUGGGAUCUUUCUUCUGCUUAUUACGACACCGGACCUGAGCCGAUCAGUGGGUUUUACGUGGUGGUUUUGGUGGAUUCAGAACUUGCCUUACUCCUUGGAGAUAUGGAAGAAGCAGCAGCUUCCCUGGAAGAUGGCCUUUUUACAAAAACACCAACUUUGAAAUCCUUUAUGGUUUCUCGAAGUGAGCAUUUCUCGGGCAAUGCUAUUUAUUCAACCAAGACAAAGUUCAGCGAAUCUGGAAAGGCUCAUGAUAUAUUAAUCAAGUGCAUCGGAGACGACGAGGGAUCGAAGAAUCCUGUAUUAUCUGUGUGCAUUGAUAAUAAGAUGAUAUUUCAAGCGAAGAGAUUGAGGUGGAAUUUUAGAGGGAAUCAGACAAUUUUCUUGGAUGGAUUAUUGGUAGAUAUGAUGUGGGAUUUGCAUGACUGGUUCUUUAAAGAAUCUUCUGGAAAUGCUGUGUUCAUGUUCAGGACAAGAAGUGGAUUGGACAGCAGGCUAUGGCUGGAGGAGAAUAACUCCAGCCAGAAGGGACAAGAUAGGGCAGAGUUCUCCUUGUUGAUCUGUGCCUGUAAGAAUCCUGGAUGAUUCCUUUCUUUUUUGUCUCUCCUUUACAAGGUUUUAUAUUGUUUAUUGUCUUAUUAUAGAGAAAUAUGGUUAACUAGAAGCAAGGGGAAACGUUUACAAGUUGUGGAUAUUCAAUUGUACAUUAAACAUUGAAACAUCUUCUAUAUAUGAAUUAUGUGGUCUUUCUCUGCGUUUGUGUCGGGAGAAGAACACUAAGGUUUCAAUUUAUGAUAUUCUUUAUUGAGAGAUACAUAUUAGCAAAAAUAACUCUUUUGAGAGUAAACUUCAAUUAUUUUCCCUCCCUAAUGAAUCUUCUUCAUUUGUAAUGUGCAUUUUCAUAAUGUUUUGCUAUUACACAAAUUCAUGAUCAUCCCUCGAAUUUCAACAGUCUUUACAGAGGAUCAUUGAAUGCUUGUCUUUAGUUGUUGAUGCUGUGUGGUGAGAUAUGUGACUUGUCUAAUUUUGUUUUCUAGUCUUUAGCUUGACUCUGUUUGAACAUGGUGUUGGCCACCAUUUCAUAGCAGAUGAGAAGAGAACCUGUCUUUUAUUCCCAAAGUGUCGGUUAUUUUCGUUAUUAAUUCAAAUUACCAAUACCCAUAAAUAUUUUUUUUUUUGAAAAAAAAAAAGAGAGUUUGUUGAACUUUGAGUCGUUUGUAAGCAACAGGGAGACAAAAGUUCCCUCUUUUUGGGUGCAGAAAGUGAAUGCAACAUUGUAAUAAUACACCCAAGGCAUGUCAUGAGGAGUGAAAGCCUUUUUCCAAGCUUUGCAAUGAGAAGGACCAAAAAAAUUGUGUCUUUUUUUGGUUUGCAUUCACCGUUGAAGGACUAUAAUGUCUGUUGUCAGUGGCAUGAAAUGAAAUCAGAAAUUGUAGCAGAGCAGAAGUAUUGUGAAGCAAUGAGCUUUUCAGUGACACUUGAUUCAGUUUCUAGAUCUGCAAAGCUUUGAGUUCAAAUCACAGAGAAAAUCAAAUUAACCACCGAAGAAAAAAAAAAGAAGAUUCCAUUAUUGGUGGGUUUCAGAGAUUUAUGGGUUUUGAAAGCUGUGUUAUAUUAACACUGUAGCCAACUACAGGGUGCCGCAUGCACCUUUGCCAGGUGUUUCUGAGUUGCUGGUUUGGCGUUCAUGUACUUAACUUCCCUCCACU